UGACCUGAAAAUUAGUGGAUUACUCUUUGAAUGCAACUCUCCAAAACAAAGAUGUGAAUGUUGAUGUUUUUAUUAAUGAACUGACACCUCCGGUGAAUGGCUUCUUCACCCUGGGGUGCUCACCUCCUGUUUUGUGGCAGGAAGAGCACUUACAGCUGAUGAAAGGCUGGAAAGAUCCCUCUGGGACAGCUUAAGAGCACCUAGGUUUGCCAUAUAGAAAGGUUUACUUUAGGGCAUUUGAAAAAUGCCUCAUUAGCAGUUGAUGACUUAGCAGGGUAGCUCUUGUUGCGAAAACCUGCAGCUGCCCCUUGCCAGGAGCUCAGGGUGGCUCUUCUUGCCUGUCCCUUUCAUUCCUUGGUUCCAAGCACUUUCCCUUGCCCUCAUCGGCACUAGGUUAUCUGAGUCACUGCAUGCAGCCUCUCACUCACAUUAUUACAGUGUUUAUUUACCAGGCCGGCUCUGUCUGCUUUGCUGAAUACUCCAUGUUUGAAGUGUCAGGAUGGGUGCUUAGCAAUCCCUGCCCUUCCUGCUGUUCUUCCUCCACAGCCCUGCCACACUCUGCACUUGUUCUUUCUCACCUGCUACAGCCACCUUCCUUUGUGGCUGCCCUUACUUUGAUGGAUACUACAGCAAAACAGUAACUCCUGUGUAAGGACUGGAGCAGGUGUGUGGAAGUAUUUCAGGAACCUUUUUGAUUACCUCUGGAUUUGCUGCCUUUUUCUGCUGGCUGCCCGCUGUGAUGUGGCAGUUUCUCUUUCCAGGCAGUGUGUGACUGCACUAGAUGUUGGCAUUAAGUGCAGCUUUCCUCAUUUCUUCCAUAGCUCUUUAUGAAUCCAUUGGAACUGGCUCAGUGGUGUCUAAGCAGACGUUGCUUUUCAGUUGAAGACCCUCUUAUUAUUGCUGCCUCUCUUUCUGUGUCUUUUAUUUUAUCUGUCUGCUUUCCCUUUGUUGGAGAGGAUGACUGCUUUUGUGGGUGCUUUUCUAUGCCCCAAACAGCCAGCAGAGAGAGAGAAAUCUUACUGUCAGUCGCUCCGUGUUGCUCACAGGCACUCCUGUUUGCAGCACUCCUGUGGUGCAGCAGCGUGUCUGUUGCCAGCUAUGCUGCCUGCCAUCUUCUCCUCUGGGAGUCUUUGAGAGACUCCUAUGUUUAGUCCUGUGCUGAUGUUACCUGGGCUGCUUCCAAGAACAACACAGAACUGCUUCCUCUAUUCCUAAAACUGACACAGAGAAUGAAAACUACAGCAGGAUUAUUUUUAGUUCUGUAAAAGUGCAGCUAAAGCAGCAUUGCUAGACUCUGCCUGGCCAGCAUUUGCUGUUUCAAAUUGUUCCUGAUAGGUGGGGAGUGUGUGUGUGUGGUAAAUGGUAGUUUAAAGAGUGUUUACCUUCUACUCCUUGACGCUUACAAUUGUGGAUUGGACCAUCGAUACAAAUGAGUCUGAAGUCUGAAAUUUCCUGUACGUGUUCAUCAUGAAAUCACUCAGUUAAGGAACAGGAAGAAAAGUGCAGAUCAUAGCUGAGCUGCGUUUGCAGAGCAGGGUGCGAGCAUGCAGGUCCUGAAGAGCAGAGCUGCUGCAGUUUGAGACCACGGUGGAUUUGGCAGGGCUGGGAAGAGCUUGUGACUGCAAUAGCAGGAAGAGCUGCAGCUCCUGCCUGAGCUGUAUUUGCUGGGUUGUGUGUCGCGCUGAUGGGGACCGGAGGGGGAAGCUUCCUGCCUGCUUUGUGUUCAGUGGUUCUGUACUCUGUAAACAGUAUGAUACACCUGAGCAUUUCUAACAUGCAGGAUAUCCUAUGCGCUGUACGCCCUCAGGGUGUUUGUAUUAAAACAUGAAAUGCAAAUGAGAACUUUUAUUGACCAGUUCCCUGAUAGCUGCUGUAGCCCUCUCAUGGACACCUGCCUGCUUUUCCUUGUUGAUUCCCUUUCAGUGAUCUGGUACCCACAGUACCUCUCAGCAGUCUCUGUGAUUUGAAAGGAAGGAUGAGAUGACCUCAAGUUUGGGCCUUACCACAAAGAAAGCCCUCACGAUUCUGAGAGACCAGUUGUCAGCACUGCUGGAUGGGCAUCAGAAGGAACAGAAAAAAGGGACUUCAUGGAAGGAGGUGUGGAGGAGCAGUUUUCUGUACCAUGGUAACCGUUGCUCCUGUUUUCACUGGCCUGGUGCAUCUCUGAUGCUUCUGGCAGUGCUGUUGCUGCUGUGCUGCUAUGGGAGCCAGCCACAGGGGAGCCAAGGUGCUGAGAUAGUUAAUGCACUGGCACUCUUCCUCCUUCUCCUCUUGGAUCUCUUCAUGAUCGGACGUCAAGAGAGGCUGAAGUGCAGAGAGGUGGAGAGGAGACUUCAGACAAUCAUUGAUAAGAUAAAUGAUACACUUGGCAAAGAGGUGAAAUGGCCAGACUCGAUGUACCCUGACCUUCACAUGCCUUACGCCCCAUCCUGGUCCCUUCAUUGGGCCUACAGGGAUGGUCAUCUUGUCAACCUGCCUGUCAGCCUGUUAGUAGAAGGAGAUGUCAUUGCUUUGAGGCCAGGCCAGGAGUCAUUUGCUUCUCUGAGAGGGAUUAAGGAUGAUGAGCACAUAGUUCUGGAGCCAGGAGAUCUCUUUCCACCUUUCUCACCUCCACCCUCCCCAAGGGGAGAAGUGAAGAAAGGACCUCAGAACCCUCAGCUGUAUCGUCUCUUCCGUGUCUUGAAGACCCCAAUAAUUGAUAAUGUCAGGUGGUGUCUGGAAAUGGCUUUGUCACGUCCUGUGACAGCCCUGGAUAAUGAGAGAUUCACUGUACAGUCAGUGAUGCUGAAAUAUGCUGUGCCUAUUGUACUGGCUGGCUUCCUGAUCACCAAUGCUGUGCGCUUCAUUUUCAAAGCUCCUGGAAUUGCUUCUUGGCAGUACACUCUUCUUCAGCUACAGGUGAAUGGUGUCCUACCCAUCCUUCCGUUGCUCUUUCCUGUCCUGUGGAUUCUUGCUACAGCCUUUGGAGAAGCCAGAGUGUUGGCCCAGAUGAGCAAGGCCUCAUCCACUUCACUGCUUGCUAAGUUUUCAGAGGACACUCUCAGCAGCUACACAGAGAUGGUAUCUUCUCAGGAAAUGAUACACUGUAUCUGGAGCCACUUCCUCUGUGUUUUAAAAGGCAAAUCCCCAACUCUGAGCUUCACUUCCAGCUUGCUCCAUAGUCUGGGAUCUGUCACUGUGCUCUGCUGUGUAGACAAGCAGGGGAUUCUUUCCUGGCCAAACCCCAGCCCAGAGACUGUUCUGUUCUUCAGUGGGAAAGUGGAACCGCCUCACGAUAGCCAUGAAGAUCUGACUGAUGAGCUCUCUACACGGUCCUUCUGCCAUCCUGAGAUGGAAGACGAGCCCCAUGAGAGAGAUGCUUUGCUCUCUGGUCCCCUGGCAGACACAGUCCACAUGACCAAUGAGCAAGAGAGGAACAACUGGUCUGGUGACCCUCCAAAGCCUCCCGAUGCCCAUGCCCACCGAAAGCCAAACAGCAGAAGCAAGCAUCCCUCUGGGUCCAACGUGAGUUUUAGCAAGGACACGGAGGGUGGAGAGGAGGAACAUACUCAGAUUGUUGGUGACAGCGAAGUGUUGGCUUGUGAGGCUGAAGACUUUGUGUGUGACUACCACCUUGAGAUGCUUAGCCUGUCCCAAGACCAGCAGAACCCCUCCUGCAUCCAGUUUGAUGACUCCAACUGGCAGAUGCACUUGAAUUCCCUCAAGCCUCUGGGCCUGAAUGUGCUGCUCAAUCUCUGCAAUGCCAGCGUGACAGAGCGUCUGUGCCGCUUCUCUGACCACCUCUGCAACAUUGCCCUCCAGGAAACUCACAAUGCCGUGCUUCCUGUCCAUGUGCCCUGGGGCCUCUGUGAGCUUGCCAGGCUAAUAGGUUUCACACCAGGUGCUAAAGAUCUUUUCAAGCAGGAGAACUAUUUGGCCUUGUACCGCUUGCCAAGUGAUGAGAUGGUUAAGGAAACAAUCCUGGGGAAGCUUUCAUCGAUCACCAAGAGGAGACCACCCCUGAGCCACAUGAUUAACCUGUUCGUGAAGGACACCACUACAAGCACUGAGCAGAUGUUUUCUCAUGGGACAGCUGACAUCAUCCUUGAGGCCUGCACAGACUUUUGGGACGGUACCGAUAUCUACCCCCUCUCUGGCUCUGACAGGAAGAAGGUGUUAGAUUUCUACCAGCGAGCCUGCCUCUCAGGAUACUGUUCUGCCUUUGCAUACAAGCCAAUGCAUUGUGCCUUGUCCUCCCAGCUCAAUGGCAAGUGCAUAGAACUGGUGCAGGUCCCUGGGCAGAGUGCUAUCUUCACAUGCUGUGAUCUCCCUGGGACGACCCCCAUCAAACAGAGCAGUCGGAGGAAUAGCUGGAGCUCAGAUGAAGGGAUUGGGGAAGUGAUGGAGAAGGAAGAUUGUAUCCAGGCUCUGAGCGGACAGAUCUUCAUGGGAAUGGUCUCAUCUCAGUAUCAGGCCCGUCUUGACAUUGUCCGCCUCAUUGAUGGAUUGGUCAAUGCCUGCAUUCGUUUUGUCUACUUCUCCCUGGAAGAUGAGCUCAAAAGCAAGGUGUUUGCUGAGAAGAUGGGUCUUGAGACCGGCUGGAAUUGCCACAUAUCUUUAACACCUAAUGGUGAUGUGCCUGGCUCAGAGAUCCCUCCCUCUAGCCCCAGCCAUGCUGGCUCUCUGCACGAUGACCUACAUCAGGUUUCUCGAGAUGAUGUGGAGGGGCUUCUGCUGAUGGAAGAGGAAGGGCACUCAGAUCUCAUCAGCUUUCAGCCAACAGACAGCGAUAUCCCCAGCUUCCUGGAGGAUUGUAACAGGGCCAAACUCCCACGGGGGAUCCACCAGGUGAGACCUCACCUGCAGAACAUAGACAAUGUGCCUUUGCUGGUGCCUCUCUUCACAGACUGCACCCCGGAAACCAUGUGUGAGAUGAUCAAAAUCAUGCAGGAGUACGGGGAGGUGACUUGCUGUCUGGGAAGCUCUGCCAACCUGCGGAACAGCUGCCUCUUCCUGCAAAGUGAUAUCAGUAUAGCACUGGACCCUCUCUACCCAUCUCGCUGCUCCUGGGAGACUUUUGGCUAUGCCACCAGCACUACCAUGACCCAUGCCUCUGAUGAGCUCACCCCACUGCAGCUCUCAGGGCAACUCAACAGCCUGCCUUGCUCCAUGUCCUUCCGCCAAGAAGAGAGUACCAGCAUCAUCAGGCUUAUAGAGCAGGCCAGGCAUGCAACUUAUGGGAUCCGCAAGUGUUUCCUCUUCCUGCUGCAGUGCCAGCUGACCUUGGUUGUCAUUCAGUUCCUCUCCUGCCUGGUGCAGCUGCCUCCCAUCCUCAGUACCACGGACAUUGUGUGGCUCUCCUGUUUCUGCUACCCACUGCUCAGCAUUUCGCUCCUGGGCAAGCCUCCCCACAGCUCCAUCAUGACCAUGGCAACAGGAAAAAACCUGACUUCCAUUCCUAAGAAGACUCAGCAUUACUUCCUGUUCUGCUUCCUGCUGAAAUUCAGCCUGACCAUCUGCUCCUGCCUCAUCUGCUUCGGGUUCACACUGCAUGAGUCCUGCAAAGAGGUGAACACUACCAGCCUCAAUCUCACAGCCUGCUCCUCCAUCAUGCUGCACAGCAAUGCUGAGGAGGCUCCUGACUGGUUUGGGACAUUUUCCAAUGCUCUUCUUGUAGCCCAAAAGCUCACAGCUGGCCUGAUUGUUUUACACACAGUGUUCAUAUCCAUCACCCACGUCCAUCGCACCAAGCCGUUGUGGAAGAAGAGCCCCCUCUCCAACCGGUGGUGGACGCUCACUGUGGCUGUUGUAUUGCUGGGACAAGUGGCACAGACUGCACUGGACCUGAAACUCUGGGAAAACCUCAAUUCUUCAUUGACCUUUAACCACAUUUCCAUCUCCCCAGUCUCAUGGCUCCUGGGUUUUCUUUCCUUGGUCCUUGUGGUUAUCAUCAAUGAGAUUGUCAAGCUGCAUGAAAUCAGGGUCCGGGUCCGAUACCAAAAGAGGCAGAAGUUGCAGUUUGAAACAAAGCUGGGGAUGAAUUCGCCAUUUUAAACCCUCGAGUUCCCUGGAGCCAGGGCCACACAGCCGCAUCCUGCGCUGGGAGAGUGGCUGCACCAAAGGCUCAGGGAGUUUUCCCUCACACAUGGAAACCAGACAGCCUCCUUGCAAAACUACAUCAGCACCUUCCAGGGGGCCCCAGGCAGGGCACUGCUAUCAGGAUCCCCCCAGCAGGUAUGCAGCCCCUCCCCAGCCUGCUAGGGUACUCUCAAGGGAGCCUGCAAGCUUUUGUGGCUGUUCAGGCUGCUCUUCCUUUAUUUAUUUAUUACUAGAGGUUUUUGUUAGUAUCAUGGUGAUGCUGAAAUGAAGUGACUUCUUCCUUCUGUGUGAGCAGAUGGGUUUCCCGGGCCUGGAAGGAGAAUUUGGGGCCAGCAGGGGAGACAUAGGGCUGCUGAAGCAAGAGAUCUCUAUUGAAACCCAUUUUGUUUUUCCAUCUGCGUUGCUCUCCUGGAUGAUGUGUGUGUGCAUGCCUGUGCAUGUCCUCACCCACCUCCCUGUCCCUGUGUCCUGGGGGAAAGGAGCCGUCUCUCCUGCAGCUCCAGGAGUGCUGGGGGCCAGGUGAGGACUGGAGCUCCCGUUCCCAAGGGGACACCGUGAAGGGUCUCUGGCAGGGCGCUGGGAAAGCCCCUGCGAAGGCCAGGCUGUGCCAGGCCUGCCCUCUAGCGUUGUUGCUGUAGCCAUAUGCUGACCGUUGAGUGCUUCAAGAGAAGAGGGAUGAGAAAGGGCUUUAAGAAAAGCUGUCUGCAUUUGACCCUAGGGACCUGGUACAGAGGGAGUCGGGAGGGCAGCUCUGCCUGCCUGCAGGGAGUCAGCAUGGCUCAGCUUCCUCCAGCCCUGUUGAACCAGCUCUUAUUUGCUUUAACAAUCCCCAGAGAGCUAGGUUUAUAACUGUCCUCCUUUUUGUGAUUCAAAUUGCCAUUUUGCUUCAGUAAAAUGCCUGCUUGAGAGAGUCCUAGCUAGAGAUAAAACCUGAGAGCUGCCUAUCCUGCUGUGGAAGGAGGGGGAGCGUCUUUCCAGGCAGGAUAUCUGCAUCUUGCAGUUGCGCCUAACAGGGAGCUGGUGGACGGCUCCUUUCCCAGGCCUGGGACUGUGCUGCAUCCAGUACUUGCUCUCCAAGGCACAGGGAAACUCCACUCAUCGUGUCUUUCUGUGAUAGUGCUUGGAAGUCUUUCCCUUCCAUCCUGCUGCCCUCACAGCUGUUCCCUGUUUUUCUGGAGGUCUCUUCUUCAUUUGACUGGAGGAAACCUUCCCCUGAGGGCUGCUGCAAACCAUCAUCUGCCCCAGUGUGGCACACAUGCUCUUGAGCUCUGAACAGACCCCAGCUGUACUGGGAACACUGGUGCCCUUGUGGGCUGACAGUCAAGGGCCACACAGGAGCACACAGGCUUGGCUACCGGAAUAUUUGCAGCUCAUGGACAUGUUGACUCCUUUCCUAGUUCUAAAACCUGGCUAAAACAGGUAAAUCCCAGCACUAUUUUUGCUCCUGAUAUUAACACUACAAUACAUGGUUGUUACUUCCCCUUUGGUACCCAAGACUAACAAAUGGCUGCUGGUCCUUCCCUGGCAGGCAGGCUCUGCUUUGCUGCUCACCUUGUCUUCCUUACAUUUCAGCAUAACCAGAGAGCGUGCAUGUCUCUAAGCAAUACCCUUCUCUCUGCUGUGGGUCUGGUAGGAGAGCAAAGCGUGGGUACAGUCAGCCUCUGAGCUCUGGGGACAGAUGGAGGAUGCCGGAGGGGGGCAGCUGGGGGUGUUCAGAGGCCUGGACCCUGUUCCUACAGCUGGAGAGCAGAUGUUUCAAUUCCAUGCUGCUGGCAGGGUUGCAUGGGAUAGGGAGCCAGCAGCUCACUGGGGAAAGGCAGGGCUUCUCUCCUGCAACGCAGCAGUACCAGGCUACCCCUGCUUGCAGAGUGGGUCUGCUCACCUUUGCCAGCUAGGCUGAACUCUGCCUUCACUCCUCUCAGGCCUGCAGAGCUGCCUGACUCAGGGAGAACAAGCUCCAUCUUUCUCAAUCUCAAUUCACUAAAUGCCGGCUCUAGAUCUGUUACCCCUGGCACCUGAGAAAUCAGCUUUUCUUUCUGAUGCCAGGGUUGGCUAGCAGGUGGGAUACGAUCUCCUCUGUGGCCGAGCUGAGCUGGAGGCAGCACCAAGCUGCACACUGCUAUUCCUGCAGAGCAACCUUCCCCUCAACCUUAGCUCUUGCCCUGUGCCACUAACUGUUGUAGGUGAUAAGAGACAGCAGAUACUGGGGCUUCCUGCUGGCCACACCUUCUUCUAGAGGAGGCACCUCCAAGGUUUCCUUCUCUGGGUGAUCACAAAUGUUUAUUUUCUUGCACCCUCCUUCCCCUGCUAGUCUUGGAGGGAGCUGAGGCGUAUGCGUGGAGCCUUUUGGAUGGUCUCGCCAGUGCCACCCUUCCCUCAGCCAUUGAGGUACCAGGGGUCAGGGUGCACAGCUUCAGAAAGAAAUUUCCUACAUCAAGAUGUUUUUAAAUGGUGUAUAUUUUAUAUUAAAUUUUUUGGGAUGUAUGUAAAAAUACUUGAUUUGUAUGAAAACUUGUAAAUUGUAUUAAAAAAAAAAAAACCCAGACCCACAUGCAUCCAGUGUAUGAACGGCAAUAAAUGAUUGUCUUGGAUAACA